CGCUGCGCCAGGCACCGGCUGCUCGGCCCGGCCCAACCUCUCCGCUCCCGCCUCGGCCCCUGCCUCUGGGGAGACGGUUCCUCCCCCCGUCCACUUUGCACCAGUCCGAGGGAAUUUGCGGUCGGUGACGCGCAUCCUUAAGAGAGCCACCUGCAGCGCGGGGCGCGCCGCUCCGGGCGGCAUCGCAGGCUGGGCCGGCGCGGCCUGGGGACCCCGGGCUCCGGAGGCCAUGCCGGCGUUGGCGCGCCGCGGCGGCCGGCUGCCGCUGCUCGUUCUUUUUUCAGCGAUGACAUUUGGGACUAUUACAAAUCAAGAUCUGCCCGUGAUCAAGUGUGUUUUAAUCAAUCAUAAGAACAACGAUUCAUCAGUGGGGAAGUCAUCGUCACAUCCCACGGUGUCAGGAUCCCCAGAAGACCUUGGGUGUGCUUUGCGAUCGAGGAGCGCAGGGACAGUGUACGAAGCGGCCACGGUGGAAGUGGAUGUGCUGGCAUCCGUCACGCUGCAGGUGCUGGUCAACACGCCAGGGAACAUCUCUUGUCUCUGGGUGUUUAAGCACAACUCCCUGAAUUGCCAGCCACACUUUGACUUACAAAACAGGGGAGUUGUUUCCAUGGUCAUUUUGAAAAUGACAGAAACCCAAGCUGGAGAAUACCUACUUUUUAUUCAGAGUGAAGCUACCAAUUACACAAUAUUGUUUACAGUGAGUAUAAGAAAUAGACUGCUUUACACAUUACGAAGACCUUACUUUAGAAAAAUGGAAAAUCAGGACGCCCUGGUCUGCAUAUCUGAGAGUGUUCCAGAACCGACCGUGGAAUGGGUGUUGUGCAAUUCGCAGGGUGAAAGCUGUAAAGAAGAAAGUCCCGCUGUUGUUACGAAGCAGGAAAAGGUACUUUAUGAAUUGUUUGGAGCCGACAUAAGGUGCUGCGCAAGAAACGAACUGGGCAGGGCGUGUACCAAGCUGUUCACGAUAGAUCUAAGUCAAACUCCUCAGACCACGCUGCCACAAUUGUUUCUCAAAGUGGGGGAACCCCUGUGGAUAAGGUGUAGAGCUGUCCAUGUGAACCACAGAUUCGGGCUCACCUGGGAAUUAGCAAACAAAGCCCUCAAGGAGGGCAGCUACUUUGAGAUGAGUGCCUAUUCAGCAAACAGAACUAUGAUACGGAUUCUGUUUGCUUUUGUAUCAUCAGUGGGAAGAAACGACGCUGGAUACUACACUUGUUCCUCUUCUAAGCACCCCAGUCAAUCAGCGCUGGUUACCGUCCUGGAAAAGGGAUUUAUAAAUGCUACCAAUUCAAGUGAAGAUUAUGAAAUUGACCCAUACGAAGAGUUCUGUUUCUCCGUCAGGUUUCAAGCGUACCCCCAGAUCAGGUGCACAUGGACCUUCUCUCAGAGAUCAUUUCCUUGUGAACAGAGUGGUCUUGAGGAUGGAUACAGCAUAUCUAAGUUUUGCAACCAUAAGCACCAGCCUGGAGAAUAUAUAUUCCAUGCAGAAAAUGAUGAUGCUGAAUUCACCAAAAUGUUCACACUGAAUGUAAGAAGGAAACCUCAAGUGCUAGCAGAAGCAUCGGCAAGCCAGGCGUCUUGUUCCUCGGAUGGAUACCCCUUGCCGUCUUGGACCUGGAAGAAGUGUUCAGACCAGUCUCCCAACUGCACAGAGGAAAUCACAGAAGGCAUCUGGAAUAGAAAGGCCAACAGGAAGGUGUUUGGACAGUGGGUGUCCAGCAGUACUUUAAACAUGAGCGAGGCCGUGAAAGGGCUCCUCGUCAAGUGCUGCGCAUACAAUUCCGUUGGCACAUCUUGUGAAACCAUCCUGUUGAACUCGCCAGGUCCCUUCCCUUUCACCCAAGACAGCAUCUCGUUCUAUGCAACAAUUGGGCUCUGCCUUCUCUUCAUUGUCGUUUUAACCGUGCUAAUUUGUCACAAGUACAAAAAGCAAUUCAGGUACGAAAGCCAGCUGCAGAUGGUACACGUGACGGGCUCGCUCGAUAACGAGUACUUCUACAUUGAUUUCAGAGAGUAUGAAUAUGAUCUCAAGUGGGAAUUUCCAAGAGAAAAUUUAGAGUUCGGGAAGGUGCUAGGAUCGGGUGCUUUUGGGAAGGUGAUGAAUGCAACAGCUUAUGGAAUUAGUAAAACAGGAGUCUCAAUCCAGGUUGCAGUGAAAAUGCUGAAAGAAAAAGCAGACAGUUCCGAAAGAGAGGCACUCAUGUCGGAACUCAAGAUGAUGACGCACCUGGGAAACCACGAGAACAUCGUGAAUCUGCUGGGGGCAUGCACGCUGUCAGGACCAAUUUACUUGAUUUUUGAAUAUUGUUGCUAUGGUGAUCUUCUCAACUACCUAAGAAGUAAAAGAGAAAAAUUUCACAGGACGUGGACAGAGAUUUUCAAGGAACACAAUUUCAGCUUUUACCCAACUUUCCAAUCACAUCCAAAUUCCAGUAUGCCUGGUUCAAGAGAAGUUCAGAUGCAUCAAGACUCGGAUCAGAUCUCAGGGCUCCAUGGGAAUUUAUUUCAUUCCGAAGAUGAACUUGAAUAUGAAAACCAAAAAAGGCUGGAAGAAGAAGAGGACUUGAAUGUACUUACAUUUGAAGAUCUUCUUUGCUUUGCUUAUCAAGUUGCCAAAGGAAUGGAAUUUCUGGAAUUGAAGUCGUGCGUGCACAGGGACUUGGCAGCCAGGAACGUGCUCGUCACCCACGGGAAGGUGGUGAAGAUCUGCGAUUUUGGGCUGGCUCGGGAUAUCAUGAGCGAUUCCAACUACGUCGUGAGGGGCAACGCCCGUCUGCCUGUGAAAUGGAUGGCUCCAGAAAGCUUAUUUGAAGGGAUCUACACGAUUAAGAGUGACGUGUGGUCGUACGGAAUAUUGCUCUGGGAAAUCUUCUCACUCGGUGUGAAUCCUUACCCUGGCAUUCCGGUUGAUGCUAACUUCUAUAAACUCAUUCAGAGUGGGUUUAAAAUGGAUCAGCCGUUUUAUGCUACGGAAGAAAUAUACUUCAUAAUGCAAUCCUGCUGGGCUUUUGACUCUAGGAAACGGCCAUCCUUCCCUAAUCUGACUUCAUUUUUAGGAUGUCAGCUGGCCGAUGCAGAAGAAGCGAUGUAUCAGAACAUGGAUGGCCGGAUCACGGAACGCUCUUCCACCUACCCAAGCAGGCGACCUGUUAGCAGAGAGAUGGAUUCAGAGCCACCCACUCCACAGGAUCAGGUCGCAGAUUCAUAGAGAAACAAUUUAGGAGUCGUAAGGACUUCAUCCUCCCCGCCUACCUUAAACAGGCUGUAGAUUACCGAAGCAAGAUUACUUUUAUCUCUAAAAGAAAAUAUAGUAUCAACUGCUGCUUUGCCAGAUUUUUCUCUAGAAGCUGUCUGCAUUGACUCUUGUUUUCAAAGGGACUUUUGUAAAAUCAAAGUAUCCUGUGCCCAAGGCAGGAGGAGCCGAUAAUGAACUUUACUGGAGCAGCUACCCACGUCCACGGGGCUUCUCGGGCUGGCUUGAGUGAAACCGGUGAACCCGAAGUAUAGCAUAUUCUUGUGAAUACAUAAAACAAAAAAGCAUUUUGCUAAGGAGAAGCUAAUAUGAUUUUUAAAAGAAAUCUAUGUUUUAAAAUAAUAUGUAACUUUUUCAGCUAUUUAGUGAUAUAUUUUAUGAAUGGAAAUAAAAUUUCUACUAUAGA